AUGCAGUCGAGGCGGUCAGAUGCAGUCGAGGCGGUCAGAUGCUGCAGUCGAGGCGGUCAGAUGCUGCAGUCGAGGCGGUCAGAUGCUGCAGUCGAGGCGGUCAGAUGCUGCAGUCGAGGCGGUCAGAUGCUGCAGUCGAGGCGGUCAGAUGCAGUCGAGGCGGGCAAAGUCCCAGGUGAAAAGAUGUCUGGCCUUUUCCUGUUGAUGCUCCUGCUUCCACUGCCUGAAGCGCUUGGUUUUAAAAUCUAUCGAAGUCCAGUGUGGAGUCAUCAGGAGAUCACAGUCACAGCCAUCCUCAAUGUGACUGCUCACGCCUGCCGAGCUGUGGCUGAAGCUGAGGGCCGCGCCUUCACUUUUCCAGAUUUCUACAGUCACAGCAACUGGAUUGAGAUGGGAAAUGACAGACCAAAUUCUAAUGUGAUCAGCAGAGACAGCAUUGGCACUAUCGCAGAAUCUAGUCAUGGACAUCUGCACGAUCAAGCAGCUCUGGUCGCUGUCGCUGCCACCUCUGAGCUCCUGAACGACAUCCGCAACGCUGCUGGAGACAAGGAGUUUCUACGCAUGUUGGGAGUUAUCUCUGGAAAAGCCUUAUGUUUUGUGAUCGACACAACCGGAAGCAUGGGGGAUGACAUCACAGCAGUGCGGGAAGUCACUUCAGAAAUAAUAAACACAAGAGUGGGAACAAAGAAUGAGCCAUCGGUUUAUAUUCUUGUGCCAUUUAAUGACCCAGAGUUUGGCCCCCUGAUAAGGACGACUGAUGCCAAUGAAUUUAAACAAGCCAUUAAUGCCUUGAUUCCUGACGGUGGAGGAGAUGCACCUGAAAUGUCACUUUCUGGAUUGCAGCUGGCUCUGACUGGUGCCCCUUUUGGUUCGGAGAUUUACCUCUUCACUGACGCGGCAGCAAAAGACUCUCAUCUGAAAAGUACAGUGACUGCAUUAAUCGAAAGGACAGGGUCAGUGGUGAAUUUCAUGAUUACUAGUUUUUCAAGUCUUCGUCGACGUAGAUCCAACAGUGGAGAUCAGCAGCGAGGGGCAGUUUUAUUGCGACUUGCCGUAUCAGAAAGCGAAGUGUACAAGGACCUGGCUGCUGCAUCAGGAGGCCAAGCUGUGGAAGUGACAAAGAAUCAGCUGCUGGAGGCGACCACUGCUGUUGUGGAGACUUCAGCCUCAAAUGUGGUGACCAUUCUGCAAGCUGUCCGGAACACAGGAAAUUCAGAAAACUUCACUUUUGCAGUGGAUGAAACUGUGACAAGCCUCACUAUCUACAUAACUGGGACCGGCAAAGACUUCACUCUCGUCAGCCCCUCAGGUGUGGUCCAGGAGGACACUGCCACAAACGGAUCACUCAUCACUUCAGUGGUGGCUGUUGGAAACCUUCAAGCUUCAAUGUUGAAAAUAGAAGUUGGAUCGUGGGAAAUCAGGAUGCGUUCCACAAGCCCCUACUCUAUGAAAAUCACAGCCCAGACCCCCAUAGACUUCUUCUUCAGCUUCAUGGAGCCAAUAGGUCAUCCUUUUGAGGGGUUCAUUUCUACUGAAAACCGUCCAAGAGCAGGAGCAAAUGCCACCAUGAGCGUAACACUCCUGGGCAGUGAUAUGUCCAGUGUGACAGAAGUCGAUCUUGUUUAUACAUUGGGGUCCGGACGAGUUAAAGGCACAGUCACGAGUCAGGGCGGGGGAGAAUACUUGGUCCAGUUUGACACCAUCCCAUCCCAGGAGUUUGCAGUGGUUGUGAAGGGGGAGACCAGUAACACAACCAGAGGGGCUGUGGAAACUUACCAGCGACAGUCUACCAUCAACAUCAAAGCCUCGUCCGUCUUGGUCACCAGUGAUGAAGAAAGCAAUGUUGUUGAACCAGGAUCCACCUUGUCUGUAAACUUCACUGUGUCCACCAAUGGUUCAGGAGGAAGUUUUAUCAUCAGAGCAACUAAUGACCAAAGCUUUAGUGCAACUUUUCCCUCAACUCUGGAGGUGGCGAGCGGUAACAGUACUGUUGGAACACUGCGGCUGAUGGCUCCCGCCAGCACGGAGUCUGGAACUGAAGUCACACUGACCGUGGAAGCCGAGGCUCCAGACGGAGACGUGAACUACGUCGUGUUAAGCAUCACUGUCCUGAAAGAGGUGACUGAUUUGACGCGUCCCGUGUGCGAGCUUCUCUCUCUGCGCGACAACUGCACGGUGGUCUGCAGCAACGACACCUGGGAGCUGAGCGUGCGCCUGAGCGACAACGUCAACGGCACCGGUCUGGACAGAGUUUUUCACCGCAAUGGAAACGGAACCUUCAACAUCACCGUGGACGCCGCCAACGACACCCUGGCGUCCUACGUGGCGUCCUGCUGCUCCCCCACCGUGGAGAUAGUGGCGGUCGACGCGGUGGGAAACGUAGGCUCCUGCUCCUUCACGACUCGAGUGGCGAGCGUCGUCCUUCUUCACAACCUCCAGAUCCUACAUCCAGGAGAUACUUUCACUCCGAUCGACAAGGAAUCCACGAGAGAUCCAACAAACUCAACUCAAAGCGCAAAGAGAACAGGUUCCAGAAUGACUUUGGGGUUCAUUGUUUUGAGCCUUCUGCUGCUGCCGACAGCGGUGACGGCGUUUCGUGUGGACCGAGAAAUCACAUACAAUCACCAGGAGAUUACAAAGAGAGCAAUCUUAGAAGUCACGGUAGAAGUGUGUCGCAGUGUGGCCGAGUCCAAUGGAAAAGCCUUCACUUUCCCAACCAAGCCUUACACUGUGGAGAGCGUGGCGGCAGCGUGUGACAUUAUGGACGGACUCAAGGCGUUCCACGAAAGCGUGAAGUCGAUCCUGAAUGUCAACAUUAAACUGGACAAAAGUGGACAGUUCGAAUCCAGCGGCCAUCACUUUCACAACGAGAUGUUCAACGCAGGACGUGACAUCAUCGCGGCGGGAUUAACAGCGGUGAAGGCCAACAACAAGAAAGGGAACGUGGAGACGGCCAAGCAGCAGCUGGGGAAAAUCACCCACACUCUGCAGGAUUUCUACAGUAACAGCAACUGGAUAGAACUCGGCAUGACAAGUCCAAAUGCUGAACUGCUGAAUGGAAAUGGCAACGUAGGAACUGUGGCAGCUCUGUCACAGGCCACAUGCAGAAACUGUAUUGGACAAUGUACCAACAACAUCUUAAACAACAUCAUCAGAGAUAAAAUCCUCACCUCCGGCUACUACACUGUGGCACCGGAUACCUCCAAACCCGCAGGAAAGUGCAGCAAUGGAAGCCCUAUGGAUGCUUCAAGGACAGUGAGCCCUACCGGAGGCAUCAACAAGGACACACCAGUUUCCAGUCACGGUCACCUCCACGAAGAAGCCGCAAACAUGGCUAUUUCGGCCACCGUCCAGCUCCUACAGGAUAUCCGAGCAGCAAGCGGAGAUGAAAACUUUUUACGGAUGAUUGGAGCCACGUCUGGGAAGCCUCUGGUCUUUGCCAUUGACACCACCGCUAGCAUGACGCAGGAUAUCAAGGCAGUGCAAGUUAUGACCGACACCAUUAUAAGCAACUCCAAAGCCGGGCUACAAGCAGAGCCUUCGGUGUACGUUCUGGUCACUUUCCACGACCCAGACCCCGCAACCAUUUUCAAAACUACAGAUUCUAAGGCGUUCACGGAUAAACUUGCUGAGUUGGUUGCGUCUGGUGGUGGCGAUAGAGAUGAAAACUCUCUCACAGGCCUGGAGUUGGCUCUGACAGGUGCUCCUCCUGGUUCAGACAUAUUUAUGUUCACCGAUGCUGGCGCCAAAGAUAAAAGCAAGAAAGACAGUGUCACGGCGUUGCUUGAGCAGACCAAGUCCACGGUGAACAUUGUGUUGACUGGGAACUUCGUGGAUGUGACGGAGUACAAAGCCAUAACUCAAGCUUCAGGCGGACAGUUGCUCUCGGUGCCAGUGAGCGACCUGGGAAAAGCCGCCGACCUCGUGUUUGACUCGUCCUCGGCCUCUUCUAUGGUCACACUUUUGGAUGAAACUAGAGAAUCAGGAAAGUCUGAAAACUUUACUUUCAUCAUGGACGAGACGACCAAAGACGUAAUGGUUUACGUCACUGGACCAGUCACUAGUGUCGAGUUUGUCGAUCCAUCAGGAGAUAAAACAGGAGAUGUAGUCGACACAAGUUCGAUCGUGGGAAACUUCAGAAGAAUCCACUUGAAAGAAGAAGUUGGAGAAUGGCAAAUGAGAGUAAAGUCUAAUUUCCCGUACACCGCCAAGAUUGUCGGGGACAGUCCAUUGGAUUUCAUCUACGAUAUCAUGGGACCAGCUCAGGGUCCUCUCGGAGGCACAGUUGCUCAAACCAAUCGUCCCAAAGCAGGCGAGAAAGCUAACGUGGAGCUGACACUGAUUGGGAGCGAGACUGCGACAGUGACCGAGGUGUCGCUGCUAACUCCAAAUGGAACUGUUGAAGGCAAAGUCACCAGUUUGGGGAACAAAGAAUACUCAGUGGAGUUUGAUCCGAUGCCAGCGGGAGAGAGUCGUCUGCUCGUGAAGGGAAAGACAGGCCAGGGCUCCUCCAAAACCUUUCAGCGACUUUCACCUGCAAAAAUCAUGACCUCCUCCAUCUCCGUUAUUGCAGAAGAGUCGAGCGGCCUGAUUGAACCCGGCGCGUCAGUAAAAAUGCCGUUCACCAUCUCCAGCCCCAAAAAAGGAGCCUACACGAUAAAGGCGUCCAACAACAAAGGGUUCCCCAUGACUUUCCCGACGCGGCUGGAGAUGGUCGGAAGCAGCAUCGGAGGCGAAGUCGUCCUCUCUGCCCCGAGUCUGGCUCAGUCCGGCUCCGAGGUCACCGUCACCAUCUCCGUGGAAGACGAAGGGAAAACAGAGAUGAACUACGCCAUCAGCAGCUUCACCGUGCAGAGAAAGGUAACAGACUUCACCAAACCAGUCUGUGAGAAGAUCAGUCAGACCAGCUGCCCCGAGAGCUGCUCCUCCUCCACGUGGGAGGUCAAAGUCCGAGUCACAGACGGCGAAGGCCUGGUGACCACCUCCCUCGCUCUGGGCAACGGGACCAUGACUCAUUUGCCGGGGUCAGACACGGUCACCUGCGUCACGUCCUGCUGUACGAAGGAAGUGGAGAUAGUGGCGGUGGAUAGCGUAGCUUCUCGACAAGAAGUGCGAGCCCAUCACAAUGACAGUGCCUCGAAAAGUAAGGAUCCAUUCUCUGCGUCUCUGUGUUUCCCAAACCGGGGUGUGGGCACCAACUACCAGAGGGAACUAGGAAUGGUUUCAGAUUAA